UAUUAUAUAUUCUCUGACAAACAUAAAAUAAUUCACCGAACCUAAACACAUAGCCUAAACCUAACCUACGUGAUCAUAGUAGGAAGAAUAGAAUAGAAUCUACGUGAUGUUUCCUUGAAUUUUGAAUCAAUCUUUAACUUAUUUUAAUUUCAUUAGAUUACACAUUUUUAUCGGAAAACUUUCAACAUGACUACAAACCCUCGAAAGGGUACCGAUCCGGUGCCUUUGGAGGAGAGCGACCAAUUAACCAUCCGACCUUUAGGCGCAGGGCAAGAAGUAGGAAGGUCAUGUAUAAUGCUGGAAUUCAAAGGAAAAAAGAUCAUGUUGGAUUGUGGCAUACAUCCUGGUUUGUCAGGAAUGGACGCCCUGCCAUUUGUAGACUUGAUUGAAGCAGAUGAAGUGGACUUACUACUGAUCUCACAUUUUCAUUUAGACCACAGUGGUGCAUUGCCAUGGUUUUUGACAAAAACCUCUUUUAAAGGUCGAGUGUUCAUGACUCACGCAACAAAGGCCAUCUACAGGUGGCUUGUGUCCGACUAUAUCAAAGUUAGCAAUAUAUCUACAGAACAGAUGUUGUAUACGGAGUCUGAUCUGGAAGGCUCCAUGGAUCGCAUAGAGACUAUUAAUUUUCACGAGGAGAAAGACGUGCGAGGAGUGCGUUUCUGGGCGUACAACGCGGGCCACGUGCUGGGAGCCGCCAUGUUUAUGAUAGAGAUAGCCGGUGUCAAGGUGCUAUACACAGGAGAUUUUUCAAGACAAGAGGACAGGCAUCUGAUGGCCGCGGAGAUACCCACGGUCCAGCCGGACGUUCUCAUUACAGAGUCAACAUACGGUACACAUAUUCACGAAAAACGUGAAGAACGCGAAAGUCGGUUCACGAGCCUGGUCAACGACAUCGUGACGCGCGGCGGCCGCUGCCUCAUCCCCGUGUUCGCACUGGGCCGCGCACAAGAGCUGCUACUCAUCCUGGACGAGUACUGGUCGCUGCACCCCGAGCUACAGGACAUCCCCAUCUACUACGCGUCGUCGCUGGCCAAGAAGUGCAUGGCGGUGUAUCAGACCUACGUCAGCGCCAUGAACGACCGCAUCAAACGCCAGAUAUCCGUCAACAACCCCUUCGUGUUUCGACACAUAUCCAACUUGAAGGGCAUAGAUCACUUCGAGGACAUCGGGCCGUGUGUGAUCAUGGCGUCUCCCGGCAUGAUGCAGUCGGGCCUGUCGCGGGAGCUGUUCGAGUCGUGGUGCACCGACCCCAAGAACGGAGUCAUCAUCGCGGGCUACUGUGUGGAGGGCACAUUGGCCAAGAGCAUCCUGUCGGAGCCGGACGAGAUCAGUACCAUGUCGGGCCAGAAGCUGCCUCUCAAGAUGUCGGUGGACUACAUCUCCUUCUCGGCGCACACCGACUACCAGCAGACCUCGGAAUUCAUCAACAUACUGAAACCGCCGCACGUCGUCCUGGUGCACGGGGAACAGAAUGAAAUGUCACGGCUGAAGGCGGCCUUGCAGCGUGAGCACCGCUCCCGGCUGGCGGUGCAUACUCCACGCAACACGCAGCUGUUGUCGCUAACCUUCCGCGGAGACAAAACGGCCAAGGUGAUGGGUUCGUUGGCGGUGGAACCUCCGAAGCCCGGUGAACAGCUGCAAGGGGUACUGGUGAAAAGAAACUUCAAUUAUCACAUACUGGCGCCUUCGGAUCUCAACAAGUACACGGAGCUGAGUCAGUCGGAGGUGCUGCAGCGGCAGUCCGUGUGCUACGGGGGGUCGCCCGCCGCGCUGCGUCACACACUCGCGCGCGUUGCCGGCGCCAUCCAGUUCGUGUCGGACACCAGGUGGCGCCUGUACGACUGCCUGGACGUGCUGCUGGAGCUGCCCAUCAUCACGCUGGAGUGGCAGGCGCAGCCCGUGUCCGACAUGUACGCGGACGCGGCCGUGGCGGCCAUCUUGGCGGCGUCCUCGCUGGCAGCGCCCACGCAGACGACGCUGGCGCACAAACUGGAUAAGAUGCACUUCAAGGAGUGCGUGAUAGAGAUGCUGCAGGACAUGUUCGGCGAGAACUCUGUGCCAAAGAUAUUCAAGGGAGACAAGCUGUACGUGGAGGUUGCCGGCAAGCGAGCUGACAUCGACCUGCUGGCCAUGGAGGUGCGCAGUGCGGACGAGCCGCUGGAGCGCGCCGUGUUUGCGGCCAUCAGCAAACUGCACGCGGCGCUGGCACCUGCGCGUGCGCCGCCGCGGGAGACAAUACCUCAUAAGGAAUAAAUAUAUCUUUCAUAAA